AUGAUGCGCGCUCGUGGUUGCGACAUCACAGUGAUAACGUCCUCGAAGCACUUUUUCGUACCUAGCGUGCCCGAAGAUAUUGCUGCUUACCGCAUAAACGAUAAUCGACGUUUGAAAAGUCUUAUCGAGGAUGUAGUUGAUGUCGCAAAAGAUAUGGGCUUCUCUCAGACCACCAUUAACGGCAUUACGGACGGACUGACUACCUGCGUUGAUUAUCAGCAUCUCUGGGUGAGCGCGACAUAUGAACAGCCUGCUACCGUGAUUUUGUACCCGAGCGCUGUCCGAGUCGGCAUAGAGCAGCCUGGUAUGUUACAUCAGCUAUUAAUGUGCUUCAGUGCAUCGAUGAAAGGUAUGAAGCAGCUGCUCCUAGAGGUUUCAAAACUGCUCAUUGACACCAGCGCAAGAUAUACCAUUCCUAACUUCAUGCAUACGUUUGAGACGACAUACCCGCCACUGCGCAAACACUCAAAAAACCUUUCUUGGUUAUACUUGAGGCUAUGGCGCCUGAUACUGGAACGCUGUCUCUUUCCUUCCGAGUUCAUUGCGGUGAACUGA